AUGGAUGAAGAUAGUUUGGAGGAUAUUUUGAGGGAAUUUCAGGAUGUAAGUUUUUUUUGUGCUGAAAAUUUCAGAUUUCCCUGAAAUUUUGGGAUUUUUUGAGCCCAAAUUCGAAUUUCCCGCCAAAUUUUGAAUUUCAGGAAUCAUUUUCGCAAGUCUACGUCAACUACGGUGGAGCUGAUCUGGAAUUUGAUCAUCCAAGGGAAAAUUCGGCGGGCUCCUCAGAUCUACCGGGACCUUCGACAUCUCAGAUUACUGUAGGUUUUGGCGCGCGAAAAUUCGAAUUUUCCUCAAAAUUUCGUGCAUUUUGAUACCAAACACGCUGUUUUUGGCGCCAAAAUAAAUUACUGUAGAUCAAAAUUUUUCAGCAGCCCUCUCCCAUUUUGCACUUCAAUCCACACGAACAGGAACCAUCGAUUUCACAGAUUACUGUAGGUUUUGGCGCCAAAUUUUGGGAUUUUUUUUUGAAAUUUCGAGGAUUUUCCAGGUUUUCGAUCCCAAUCAACCGGGACCAUCGAAUGCUCAAGAAAAUGUGAGUUUUGGCGCCAAAAUCUACAGUAUACCUACAGUAACUCAAAAUGGAUUUGAAUUCGAAGAAAAAGAAGCUGAUGGAGAUGUUUUGGAACCGCCGCCGGCCAAAAAAUUUAGGUAAAUUUUGAGAAAAAUUCUGAAAUUAAUUUCAGAAUUUCAAAUUUUUCAUGAAAAAAAUCGAAAAAUUCAGAAAAAUUCGAAUUUUAACUUGAAAAUCCUAAUUUUUCAACAAAAAAAUUUCAGAAUUUCAAAAUUAAAAAUUUAAAAAAUUUGAAAACUAUCAAAUUUUACAUGAAAAAAAUCAGAAAAAUGCGAAUUUUGGAGCUAAAAAUCCUCAUUUUCAGCUCAAAAACCUCCCACAUUUCAACCUGAAAUUACAGGGUGUUUCAUAAAUAGUGUUACAACUUGCACCGCUCACCUAGGGAAGCGCAAAAGAUCAAAACUCAAUAUUAUUUGACACAAACUUAGCCGAACGUAGGUAUGACAAGAUUUGAGAAUGAAUAACAUCUCAUUUCAACUUUCACACCAUUGCCACCAGCUCAAGUGUGCCAGUGGAGGGUCACUGUUGCACGCACGAUUUUUUUCGUUCAAUGUGAUCCUUUAUUUUUGAAAUUGUUCUUUUCCCGAAAGUAACUUUCGAAAACCCUUUUUGACGGGUUUAUUUCGUUAGUUUAAAACGGACAAAGUAACAACAUUACUGUAGACUCGUAGCCGGGAGGUCAAAGUGAACCUACUUUUCGAAAUUGUCAAAAAAUAAAAUUGAGUUUUUUAGCUUUUGUGGAAAAAUAUGAUUUUUUCCACUCAAUAUUUAUUAUUUCUGUACCACAAUUGUUUUUUCUUCUAUAAAAACCUGAUUUGACCGAUUACAUCAAAAUUCAAACUCGAUUUUAACGAUAUUUUUGUCGAAAAAUCGGAAAAAUCCGAAGUUUCAGUCGAAAUUGAAGAUCUUCUUCUAAGUUCAAGAAAAAAAUAAUGAAUAUCUGGAGUUGUGUGAAAUUUUGACUAGAAACAUUGUUAACAUUAGAAAAUAUCAUAUUAAGCCAUAAAACUCAAAAAAACUAAAGAUUUCAUGGCUUUUCAUUUUUGGAAAGACCGUCGUGCCAGAAAAGGAUUUUUCGAAAAAUUCGUUUUUGUUUACACGUCAUAAACAGCGUCCAAAACACAUUAAUGUCAAUUUUACAUAGAUAGCUCUUGUAGAGGAAGAAAAACCCUACAUUUUUGAUCUUACGACCAAAACGAUUGGAAUUACCCAACAUUCACAAAACUGACCUAAAGAUGAACAACUCUUGUAACACUAUUUAUGAAACACCCUGUAAUUUCAGGAUUUUAAAAAAUUUGAAAAUUAUCAAAUUUGACAUGAAAAAAAUCGAAAAAUUCAGAAAAAUUCAAAUUUUGGAGCUAAAAAUCCCAAAUUUUCAGCUCAAAAACCUCCCAAAUUUCAACCUGAAAUUAAUUUCAGGGUCCAAAAAUGAAUCUGAAAAUUCAUGAUUAAAAAAAUCAAUUUUUCAUGAAAAAUUCGAAUUUUAGCUUGAAAAUCUCAAAUUUCAACUUGAAAUUAAAACUAUCAAAUUUUACAUGAAAAAAAUCGAAAAAUUCAGAAAAAUUCGAAUUUCGGAGCUAAAAUUUCGAAUUUUAGCUUGAAAAUCUCCCAAAUUUCAACCUGAAAUUAAUUUCAGCAUCUCCACAAUAAUUCCAUCUUCAAAUCAACAACAAUACGCAUCCGAACUCGAUUUUCUCAACCGCCAAAUCAAUUCGACAACUUCUGAAAAUAUGGUUUUCCGCCGUCGGAAUUAUUUGGCACCCGGUGAAUUGGCCACACAAAAAUGUCUCGAAAAUUCGAUGCCGUUUGCUGACGUGGAAUUGUUGAAUGGUGCAUGUAGAACUGCACCAUUGGUGAGGGUUUUUGGGGGCUAAUUUUGAAGCUUUGAAAAUUUGAAACCUAAAAAUUUCUGGAAAUUCAAAAAAAUUGAUUUUUAGGGCCGAUUCACGAACGAAAAAAUGUUUUAAAAUGUUUUUUUAACAUCGAAAGAUCAAUUCACGAAAAAUCAAAAAAUGUCGGAAAAACAUUAGUUUUUCGAGUUUUUCAGCCAAAAAUGAUGACAAAUCAAUAUUUUUGAAGUUUCUGGAGUAAUUUCUGAUGAAAAUAAGCUUCGAGAACCCUAUUUUGCUUUAUUUUAUGAAUUUUUUCGAAAUUCAUCAAAAUUUAAAAAUUUUUUAUUUUACGAAAAAUCAGCAAAACCUUCUGGAAAGUGAAUUCCAAGAUCAAUUUUCAUCAGAAAUUACUCUAGAAGCUUGAAAAAUAUCGAUUUGUCAUCAUUUUUGGCUGAAAAACUCGAAAAACUAAUGUUUUUUCGACAUUUUUGGACUUUUCUUGAUCUUUCGAUGUUAAAAAAACAUUUUUUUUAAUUUAUGAAAAUUCAAAAAAAAUUGAUUUUUUUAAAUCUCUCUAUAGUAAUUUUUCCUCAUAAAUAGAAAAAAUGCCACGUGGAUUUUUUCUGAAAUAAAAUAAGCUAUAAUUUUCGAAAUUACAAUAAAAUUCAUUGAAAAUUCCAAAUUUUUUGUUAAAAAAAUGACUCGUGGCUAAAUCAGGAAUGGUUUCCUAAUUUUGCCAUUGACGACGUCAUCAAUCAAUUUUUUUUCUGAAUCGAAAUUUUUUGUUAAAAAACUUUUUUUCAUAUUUUUUCGACUAUUAUUGAAAAAAAUAUUUGAUAAUAAAUUAUAUCAAAAUUUUGAAACGUAUUUUUUUGUUUUGGAAAAAUUCGAAUUUUUGAAUCAAAAUUUGACACAAAAGCCGAAAUGAAGCUUAGAUCUAAUCAGAUCUACAGUACUCUUGAUUUUUGUCUCUCAAAAACACUACAGUACCCUUUAUAAAGGAACAUAUGUUGUUUUUUGCAGCCUCCCGACAAUCUAAUUUGGCCAUUUUACCUGGCCGGCGCUCCUGGAACCCCAUACGAAAAGGCGAAAUUUUUCGGCAAACUCAAUUUCUCACGUGACACAAUGGACACGUGUCCGCCACACGUCAAAUUCGACACCAUUUUCUUUCAUCCCGAUUGUUGUCGUGACGGAAAUGUGAGUCCGCACGCAGUGGGCUUCGAUCCCCUGACCUUUUGAUUCGAAAACCUUGAAUUUUCAGUUAGACAUGCGAGAAUUGGCCAAAGAUUGGAACUCGCAAAAAUCGAUAGUCGAUGUUUUCGAGCACAUCUGGCAUAAAAUGCGAAACUGUGCCGCAAUUUCCGCGACUCGAAGUUUACGCGAUUAUUAUCAACCCGAUUUGGCGGCACAUGCAAAAUUCGAACCAAAACGAUUUCUAAUUUUCAUCGCUUAUGUCACUAAACACACGAAUUGCGAAUAA